CCUCACACCAUUUUCAGGUUGCAUUCCAAUCUCCUUCCCUUGUUCCCAUAUCUUUCAAUUUUCAUGUCACUUUUCACUUCAUUGCUUGUUUGCUUUCCACUCAUGCAUGUUUUCUUGUGAAAGAACUUCAUUUUUGACGGAUUUGAAGCAUGGCAGAUUCAAAAUCAGGAUUGAGGAAGCCCGUAUUCACCAAGGUGGAUCAGCUUCGCCCUGGGACAAGUGGGCACACUUUAACUGUGAAAGUGGUCAAUGCUAAGAUGGUGAUGCAGAAAGGUCGUUCUGAUGGUCCUCAGUCCCGUCAAAUGCGAAUUGCUGAAUGUUUGGUUGGUGAUGAGACUGGAAUGAUCAUAUUCACUGCCAGAAAUGAUCAAGUGGAUUUGAUGGAAGAGGGUGCUACUGUGAUCCUGCGAAAUGCCAAAAUUGACAUGUUCAAAGGAUCAAUGAGGCUUGCUGUGGACAAGUGGGGCCGAGUGGAAGUGAAAGAACCUGCUAGUUUCACUGUUAAGGAAGAUAACAACUUGUCUCUCAUCGAGUAUGAACUUGUGAAUGUUGUUGUAGAAUGACUUGUUGGGACAUCCUGGAAUUUCUAAUGAGAAUAAAACAAAUCCAGCAAAGAAAUCUAGCUUUCUUUCAUUUUGUAUCCGAGACAUCUAAUCAUGCUCUUCACAGUUCACCUUAGUCUAGGAAUAGGAUUUGAGAAGCCAGUAGUAUCAACAGUUGCUUCUUACUGUUGCAGCAAACUAUGAAUCUUGUAGCUUCAACCAUUGAACAGAUGCAUGUGUAAGUGCAGCAAAAAAAUGGGAACUGGCUUUCAGAUCA